AUGCCUAAGUUUCCGAAAGGCUUCGGGCGGCGAAAACUUACAGCCCCUACCGUGGAAACACCUGACGAGCCAGUGCCGAUAGCUGAGCACUCAUUCAAAGUUUUUGAUCGGGCUGAAGGAGCCGGGAAAUCGUUUGAGAAGGGGUCAAAAUUUUCCCGAGCUUCGCCGAUAUCUAGUGAAAGAGGAAACAUAUUACCGCCUGAAGACGAUAAUCUCUUUGAAAAUGUGGGCGGAAAUCCUGGUAGUAGUGCUUCGAAUACUUUAACAUCAGCUACAGAUAAAUCAUCUCGAUUAAGUGCUACGUCCACCGUCGCAUCAUCAACAAUUGACAAUACGCAAGACUGGGCUUCACCUCAUGAUAAGCCAUUUACAGAUAUCCCUCCUCCACCUGUCUCAAGGUUAUCGACUGGAUUUUCACUUAAGAAUGCUGGACGUGCCAUGUCAUGGGUCAAGCAAAAACCCUAUCCAAAUAAAGAACUUCCACCAUCACCACCCGCUGUAAGUGAAGAUGAAGGAUUAAGCAUGAGAUCUAGAGCACAAACUACUUCUAGCUAUGCAAGCACUACAGUACCCACAAAAUACGAUGAGAAGGACUUAGAUAUUAGCCUUGGGGGAGACUUUUCAGACAUGUUCUCCGCCUUUGCAAAGAAGUCGAUCCAAGAACAAAAAAAGGAGUGCAGAGGACUGCGCCCGGAAUCUUCUCCGCAGGCACCUUCCCCACGAACCUAUCCUGCACCUCUUGAUCUCGACAAGAAUAAGGAAUUAAGUCCAUCCACAAACUCUUGCAGUGGUCAACGCUCUUCGGAAGGCUUAAUAUUUGGUGCCAGCCCUCCUCCAGCUCAUUUUCGCCGAUCACCGGAUGUGCCGCAAAUAACUGCUCAGAUGGCUCCUCGAACUUCUAGUCCAGCCUCUUCCCUCUCUGGAAAUCUCAAGGUUUCUGGAAGCCAGGACCUUGGAAUAAAGAGGGGCAGUAUGGUCCGAGGAAGGAAGCUUUCCAGCAAUGAUCACAUGAAUCCAAUCGAUGAAGAUGCUCAAAUUCUGCACGACUCAAUCAGGGCCAGUCGUCGUAUGGCUGACCAGUCUCCUAAGCCUCAAGAGAAUUGGACGUCGCCAAGAGUUUCCCAGUACAAAGUUGAUGACGACGAGCUAGCUCAGUGGCCAACUGAGUCAAUAGAGGCGUUCUCGAAAAGCUCCAUGGACGAACGAAAAGCUUCGGACGAUAACUUAUUCGAUAGCACUAUUAUAGCCCGGGCAAACCUCGCACUCAGAUUUCAGGAGCGGUCUCCGUCCCCACCAAGGUCUCGCACGCCACAGACCAAGGUUAUGACUCCAGCGCAAUUUGAGAGAUACAAGCAGGAUCAAGAGCGUAUUCGAAACCUACGAGGUGAUAAGGUCGAAGACAAUGAGGACGAAGAGGAAGUCUACGAUGAUGAUGACGAUGCAGUGGAAAAGGCCAGAGCAGUUGCCAAACAACGGCGUAAGCAAGAAGCUCACAUGGCCGUAUAUAGACAGCAGAUGAUGAAAGUAAUUGGUGAAACUCCUGAAGCCCUGGCUGCACGGCCAAGUAUGACAAUCUCACGCAGCAGUCCCAACUUAGCAAUUCUUGGGCAGGCUGAGGAAAAUGAAGAAGAAGAUGAAGAAGUGCCUUUGGGGAUCUUACAGGCACACGGGUUCCCCAACAAGAAUAAGCCUCCAAUGCGUAGUAUUGGAUCUAACCCUAAUCUAAAAGCAGCCACUAGCACCCCUUCAGGUGGCUUAGCAGAUCCCCGGCUACCUGUUUUCGCCCGGAACUUACCUCAUGAUCCAUAUUACGGAUCUGGGAUUGUACAGCCUAUGCAUCGGGAGUCAAUGGCAUUCUCAGGCGGGCUAUCUGCCAAUCCAGUCAGCGCUAAUACGAAUACUUCCAAUAAUGUUCGAGGUUUACCACCUGGUGGACUUGUUGGUGUAAUUGCCACAGAAGAGAGAUCCCGGGCUAUGAGACGCGGGAGUCCAAUCCCACAAACCGACUAUCCGACGCAGCAGUUGCUAAAUACUGCCGGACCCUCGCCAAAUAUACGUGGGUCGACUGGCAGCACGUUCAGCAAUAUGGGUCCCGUUAUGCCGCCACAAAAUCCUAUGGGUGCCAUGGGCCUUACACCUGGUGAUCAAGCUCAAAUUCAGAUGACGCAACAGAUGCAACAAUUUAUGCAGAUGCAAAUGAAUUUUAUGCAAAUGAUGACCCACGGAGGUCAACAAUCUGCUCAACCAGUACAACCUGUACCAACUCUACCGGAAAUUCCUCGACCAGCUAGUGCACAGUUGCAUCAAAGAUCUCUUACCCUAGCAAACCAUAACCCCAAUAAUUGGUUAAACCGAAGCUCAACGUAUACGCCAUCAACUCAUGGCGGCAACAAUUAUGCUCCGUCUAUAGCCCCAUCUGAACGGAGUAAUAUCGGCCUGCCAGGAAGAUACCGGCCUGUCUCACAGGCACCAAUGGGCUCUAAUGAUAAAGCGAGAGCUUCCAGCUUAUCCGGUCCAAUAAAAGGAUGGGACAAUAGGAAUGCUACUGCUCCGAUUAGAAAAGCUGUUAAGAUGAGGAAUAGCACCAAUUUUGAAAAUGUUUCUGAUGAAGAUGAAGACGAGGCCUGGGCUAACAUGGCAAGGGAAAAAAAGGAGAGAAAGUCUGGGUGGAAGAAUAAGAAGAGCAGAGACUCUAGUGGGCUCAAAGAAAUCUUAGGGUUUUCACCUUGA